AUGCCAGAAAAAGUAAGCGCAGCAGUCAACUCUUCACAAGAAAUGUAUCCUGAGGCUACGGAAAGCCCGAGAACAUCAAACCUGAGCGCGACGCCAACAAAAUCAUCGCCCGAAAAAGUGAAAUUAUCGGCUCCGAGCGCGCUCGAUGAUUUAUGUCCGACAACAAGCGCUAGUCCGAGUCCCCCAGCGAGCAAUACCGAGUCGCCUGUAGAACUAAAAGACGAUUCAACACUCUACCACUGCCCGAUGAUGUCCUGCGAGACAAAAGAAAGCUUCCGCGGCAUCGAAAAGCAUCUAGAGAUCGAUCAUCCGGACCUGUUUGUUCUGUACAAGCGCGACCUUCAAGAGCAUGAUACGCAUCGAAUUCUAUUCCCUAGAAAUGAUCCUUACGAUUAUCACAGACAUUUAGCGAUUUAUCUAACACAAUACAAUCACUCGGUGGUGCGAUGUCCGAUUUGCGAAUUUCACUUCGCUUCCGCCAGCGAAUACGAAGCGCACAUUCCAGAACAAUGCGCGGUUUUCGCCAAGAAGACUAUUUCCCCCGCCAUGAUCAGCUACUUCAAAUCGCAAUGCAGCGAUAAUUUACGAGAAGUUGAAGAAAACGAGGAAAAACCGGAAUGUACUUUCUCAUGUCCGAUAAUCAGCUGUUCGGAAGGCUUCGAUUCGCUUGGCCUCCUCUGCUGGCACAUGGAAACUUCGCAUCCAAAGAAAAAUGCGCAUUUUCGGCGAAACAUUCCCUGCAUUCAAUUCAUAGGCCCAAGAUGCGAUGAUUGCGGUUUCGCCUUUCCUAAACCUUCCGAAUGGUCUCAUCCAUGCGAUUCCCUGAAACAAAUCGCUUUCGAUAGCCAAGAAGAGAAAGAAGAAGCUAUAGCAGAUAUUCACGGGGACGAGUCGACACCGCAUAGUCUGGGUAAUCAUUUGGGAAUCAAGGAAGAGAAUGAUGUCGCGAUUCGAUGCGAUGAUUGUGGCGAGAAUUUUUUCUCUGAAGAAGACGUGUAUUGUCAUAAAUGGCGUGACCAUUGCGAAGUAAAUCCAGCUCUUAGCGCUGCAAAGAUGUUCGAAGAAGGUGUUCGAAAUGUAGAGAACAGUGUGGAGCAUCUUACGGAAAAUCUUCCCUCGAGUUCAUUUACUCCAGCCACUGCAGACAUCCAUUCUCGCUUCUCCCUCGCAGGAGUACAAGAAGAGUGGGCUCGAGGCCCGACACAACAAAGCCGUCCUGAUCUGUCUUACAGAUGUCCUAUCAAAAGCUGCGGCAAAGCGUUUUCCAAGCUCGGUGGAAUCUUCAAACAUCUCGUCCCCGCCCAUGGUUACGCUGGUGUUCUCUUUCGAAUGCAACACAAAGUUCCGGGACUCAUGAUGAUUUGCGAAACAUGCAGCUGGAAUUACGCUGAUAAAAACGCGAUCUACAAGCAUCGGCAUCUGAAUACUUGCGUUUCAAAUAUUCGCAUAACCAAAGAGCAGCAGGAGGCUUAUGAAAACGAUCCAAAUAAACGACCACUUGAGGAGAUCAUGGAUGAAAUCGAUUUUAACGUCCUAGAAUCCGUAACUGGCGAAAAUUACAAGCCUCCACCAGGAACAAGGAAGAGAGUAACACCAAGUCAUUUGAUGACACUGCCGGCUGAUGCUGACACGACUCAGUAUAUUCACGACAACAUCGCAUCCGAUCGCUCUCCAUCCCCAGCUGUAGCUGAUGCCGAUACAGGAACCAGUACAAAUGCUUUUCAACAACUUGGUGUUGAUUUCGACCAGUUGACUCCAGAAACUGCUGCUACGCUUCUUCAACUAAUUACGCAUUCCCUGUCAACUGGAGCCACGCUUCCCUCAGUGAACGAUAUCUCACCUGAAAAAUCUCUCUCCACUGGCAACUCGGAGAAUCUGAGAAAUACAAACAUUUGCCCAGCUUGGGGUUGCAAGAGAAAGUUCACAGCUUUUACCCAUGGAGGAAAAAGUAAUAUAUCGAGUUUGUGGAUCCACAUGCAAAACGCUCAUCGUAACGCCUUUGUUGUCUUCCGCCGCAUGAAACGUCGCGGCUUCGAUCGUUACUGCGACAAAUGUCAAUUCUGGUUGAAGGGCGCCGAAUGGUACAAUCAUAAGAACAAUCGACGCUACCAAACAGAAGGUGCUCGGCCAGAAGGGACAUACUGCGAUGUCUACCAAAAACUUGCCGAGGGAAUGGAGAAACAUGAAAAUCCCCUCUUUUUGGUCGAUAUCAAAAUGUGCAUUGAAAACUACGAUUGCAUCGUUGAUAACGCUGCAGAACUUAUCGCCCAGCAGAGCAUCAUGGAAGACCCUUCUACUGAGAUCACUGAGAUAACCGAUCCAGAUGAAUUCGCCGAUGUAGACAGUUCACCAGUCCAUGCCAUCGCCGAAUUCAAUUCAAGCAGAACAGAAAGCCCUCUGCCGAUGCCAGUCAGUAUCACUGGAAACGGUCAAACAAACAUGGUCUGUCCUAUCAAGAGCUGCAGGAAGCAAGUUGUCAAGCCGGAAACUCAAUCACAUGCUUGCUGGAAGAACCUGUUUACCCAUAUCAAGGCGAAUCAUAAAAACGCAUAUGUUCUCUUCAGACGACUUGAGCGGGAAAACACCAAGAAACGAUGCAACGACUGUCUUUUCUGGUUUGUCAAUUACCGAGACUACGGCGCGCACAAUCAACGUACCGGCACAAGCCGCGAUGGUGGGCCAAGAAUUAGCUAUUGCCAGCAGUAUCAACGUAUGGCAUUGCACGAUUGCAAGGUCAAGAGCAUCCACGAAUUACCGAGCUACGAACAACUCGAUUUCCGCGUUCUCGAAGAUGUCUACAAAUGCAAAAUUCCCUUUGACAUGGACGAGACUUCGUCUUCUCCGGCUGUGGACUCCCCACUGAACCCUGAGCUAAGCAUCGUAGAAGAUGAUGUGGAAAAUAUAAACACGGAUAACGCUUCCAGUACGGUAGUGGCUCCAUUUGGUAAAGAUCUUAUGGAGACAGAGGUUAACCCAAGCCACAAGCCUCACGAAGGACAAUAUCUAUGCCCAGUUCGGAACUGUUGCCAACUUAUCAAGACCAUGAAAGGCGUGCUUGGCCACAUGCGUAUCAAACACAAGCGGGAAUACAUUAUCUUCCGUCGAACUAAAAUGGCGCUUGCUCAUCGCAAAUGCGAAAAAUGCCAGUUCUGGUUUACUUCUGCCAAAACCUAUCAUCAACACAAAUCGCAACUGCCCCACCAAUUGCCAGGCGAAAACAAAGGAUCCGAGUGCGAUGCCUACAUCCGUAUCGCAGGUACCUUCACACCCUACGAACUCGCCGAUCAUUCCAACUUCGUCACUGCCCUCUUUGAGUAUUACGUCACGAGCACCUAUCAAGACAAGCCCCAUUCGCGACGUAAGACGAACGAGUCCUAUCUAGACAAAAUAACAGCAGCGCUAUCAACCACUUUCUCCCCAUCGCCUGUAAGCGGGCUAUCUGGACUUUCAGGAUUGAGUUUGCUCGAAGGGUUCGGAAAUGGCCUUGGGAAUGAUCUACAAAAUGGAAGUUCUCCAGUACCCACAAAAACGGAGAAAGAGCCAGAUCCAGAGACUAUUAUCGAAUGUCCAAUAAAUGACUGCCCGAUUCAACUCAAAUAUCAAAACCUCGAUUAUCACAUCUCAAGAAGACAUCAAGAAUGCUUCUGGCACUUCAAACGUUCUGAAUUUGAGGCGUUUAAAUUUCGCUGCGAAGGCUGCAAAUUCGGCUACUUUUCGGAAAAAUAUUUCAACAAAGACCAUGGCGAUUGUUCCAAUAAUUCCGAGGAAAAGCAUCGGGAAAAUAUGGCACCAAUCGAUUUCGAAAAAGGAAGAGAUCGUUGGACUCGUCAUUUGAAGAUCGUCGACUGUCCAGUCAACACGAUGCUGAACGGAGAGCAGAAGAGUCCGCUCCAGCCCCUUAGAGGGAAAAGUCAGGACGUGGCGAAUCUGAGUUCCAAACAAGACGAACUCGAGCGAUACGACUCCAUAUCUGAUGUAAAAGCACACUGCCCAGAUAAGAACUGCAUCUAUGUUGCUCCCCUCCGCACUUUGACUACCCAUGCUUCUGAAAAACAUCCAAAGCUGAAUGUCCAGUUCCGAACGAGCAAGAGCGACUAUUUCGAUCAGCGCUGUGACGCCUGCGGUUUCUUUUUCUACUCUCGUUCCGCUAUUUACAACCACAAGUCGACCAAAAAGUGCGAGUACUACGCCUCUGAAAGAAUCAAGUACGACAAGUGGUGCGAAGAAGUAGGCCCACAGGGAAAAGUCAUGAUCCAGGAGCAAAUCCGAGAAUCGAUCAAGUUCAACCAUGGUAUCAAACGAAAGUCAGCACAAGAUUACCUCGGCGACAUGAAACGAUCAAAAUUCGAGCUGGAUCAAGAUUUAACUUCGACCGUCGAUGAGUCUGGCAAUCCACCAGAACCUCGAGAUUGCCCGUAUUGCCUAAGUAAAUGUCUCGCUGGUACCUUUACUGGACUCUGCGCACAUAUUAGAGGCUCACAUCCUGACAGAUACAUCGAGUUCAGGACAAAUAGAUGGCCUACCACAACUCAUAUCUGCAAAAGAUGUAAAUUCGGCACAGAAUUGCCAAUCGAAGCUUGGCGUCGUCAGCAUACAUCUAAAAUCUGCAAUGACAACAUCGCAUCUUUCAAGAAGUACGAUACAUCGAGGUUGACGAUCGAAGAGCCCACCCGUGGCGACGAAAAUCCGUGCCCAGUCUGUAACCAGGAGACCCUAGGCGUCAAGGGACUGGUGACGCACAUGAGAUUCUCUCACCCAGACCAGUAUUUGAAGUGGCGAAUCGUGCCGAAUCCAGUUAUGGGAUUCCAGUGCUCAAUCUGUGGAUUCUGCUACUCGACUGACAACGAACUUCAUAAUCAUCAACGAAAGGACGGUGCUUGUAAAAGAAACAUAGAUCAGUUAACUUAUGGAUUGGAAUCGACGUCUUCAAAAAACAAUACCCCCUCUUCCACCCCGAAACAAACCCCCAAAUCAUUGGGAUCCUCGACACCAAUUCAAAUCCAAAAGCCCUUGUCCCCCGCACUCAACAAUUCUAAUGGCUCAACCUCCUCUCCAGAUAAGUCUUCCCAGCAAUCUCAGUCCGCCGAGGAGACUUCCGAAGAAUUGCUGACAAGUCCCGUGAGCGCUAAAGACUCAAAAUCGCCCGCCGAAUACCACUGCAAAAUCUGCCAGAAUGGAGUUAGCUUCCCUACAUUUGGCUUGCUUAAUGUACACAUGAAGAAUGACCACGAGAGGCACUACAUUCACUUCAGAAUCACAAAGACGGAUCAAAUAAGCAUAAGAUGCUCUAUUUGUCAAUUCUGCUUCCCAGCCCAGAACCACUACGAGCGACAUUUGAACAAAAAUACGUCGAAAGUCUGGAAGAUGAUGCCGAUGAUUCUGACUGAAAUCAAGGAGAACCGAUACUAG